ACACACCAAGAGAGGCAGAACAGCUAUAAGAAAGAGGAGGAGAGGCUGCUGAAGUAUUAACUAAAAGCAGAAUUUUUUGCCUUUUUAGAGUUGAAUAUAGGGUAUUUGGCAUAAAUAUGAAUCAGACCAAUGGAUAAUUAGUUAUGGUGCAUCCACUGACUGAUUCAAUCAAUUUCUGAGGGUGAAGAAAACACCUGUUGAACGACACUUGCUCUAAAGCACUGGCUGCUUGUCUUCACAGUGUGCCAUGUCUGAGCACGAGGACCUGAGCAAAGUGGUGGGCCACUGGAACACCUCAGAGAGUUACCAGCCAAAUCUGGCCAGUGCCAUUGUGUGCGUGGUGUUCUCUCUCAUCUUCCUACUGGGCACAGUGGGCAACAGUCUGGUGCUGGCCGUGCUCCUGCGCAGUGGCCAGGUGGGGUACAACACCACCAACCUCUUCAUCCUCAACCUCAGCGUGGCUGACUUCUUCUUCAUCAUCUUCUGCGUGCCCUUCCAGGCCACAAUAUACUCACUGGAGGGCUGGGUCUUUGGCUCCUUCAUGUGCAAAGCGGUGCAUUUUUUCAUUAACCUCACCAUGUAUGCCAGCAGCUUCACCCUCGCUGCCGUCUCUGUUGACAGGUAUCUGGCAAUUCGUUACCCACUGCGCUCCAGAGAAUUACGGACACCCUGUAAUGCUGUUGUUGCUAUGGUAAUCAUUUGGGGUCUGUCGUUAGUUUUCGCAGGCCCUUACCUGAGCUAUUAUGACCUCAUUGAUUUCGAGAACAGCAAUGUGUGUGUUCCAGGUUGGGAGGAACAUGAUCGUAAAGUGCUGGACACAUGCACCUUUGUUUUUGGCUAUGUUAUCCCCGUGCUCAUUGUUAGUCUGUCCUACACCCGCACCAUCAAGUACCUAUGGACAGCCGUGGACCCUCUCGAUGGCAUGUCUGAGUCUAAGCGGGCCAAGCGUAAAGUCACCAAGAUGAUCAUUAUCGUCACUGUGCUCUUCUGUAUCUGCUGGCUGCCCUACCAUGUGGUCAUCCUGUGCUACCUCUAUGGAGACUUCCCCUUCAACCAGACCACAUAUGCAUUCCGGCUGCUCUCGCAUUGCAUGGCCUAUGCCAACUCCUGCCUCAAUCCCAUUGUUUACGCGCUGGUGUCUAAACAUUUCCGCAAGGGCUUCAAGAAGGUGUUCAGCUGCAUCCUCAGCAAAAAGGGCCGUAACAAGGUCCACGUGGUGAAUGCAGCCAACACCGUGCCAGGCUUCGAGGCUGGCUCCACUGAGGUCUCACAGAUGAACGAGGAGAAUGGGCGCCAGAAUGAGCGUGAGAUGGUCAACCGUCCACAUGCUGAGCCGCAGGAUGCCACCAUGAACAUCACAGUACCCUUUCAGAACCAGCCAUGAGCAAACAGAGCACAGCCAUUGGUGCUGUACAGAAAGCCUUACUGAACUGUGAAACCAAGGGCCCACAGCCUCUGGACAUUACUGUGGUUUUGCAUACAAAACUAUAGACAAUACAUACUUCAGCUGCUUGGAUAAAAUGUAAAAAAUUGACAGUAUAUUUUUUGUAUGAUUGUUUCCUCUUUUUGCUAUUUAUUCAGCCUUUCUUUAUUUCACGUGUUUGUGCAUAUUGUUCGCAUUCUUAUGUUUUUGGUUGAAAUGUUAUUUCAAAGCUGCAAGUGAUGCCAUUGUAAAAACGUCAGCCUUCUGCGCAUGUUACAAUAUGUAAUGUUUCUGUAAAAAAUAGAUAAUUCUAUGAAAAUCUUUAGCAAGUAAUUUAAGUAGUGCACUUUGUCAUAACUUUGUCAAAAUUUUUAUGUCAUAAAAAUUCUCUAUUCACAUAUAAAUAAUGUUGAUUGCCUUUCCUGUAUGUUGCUUUUUAGUGAGACAAUCGUGAUUUCCUGUCAUAUUUUGAUCUUUUCUCUGCUUUCCACUGUAAUUGCCUUAUGUAUUUUAUGUGACUAACUGCACUUGAGAUUGCUAGGGUUGCGGCUCUUCAGUGUUUACAUUGCAAUCACAUAAAAGCUCAGUUUAUCACUUUCUUUAGAAAGACAUAUACCUUUGAACCUUCAUAUGGCUCUUGUAGUGAAUGCCUUAGCUGUAUGUCUUUCUCUCCCUUAGUGGUGGAUCAACACAGAUAUUUAAGGUAUUGAUGUUGAUGGAGUUCAAUAAAAUGGUGACUAUGGA